GGAAAGCUAAACGGGGUUGCAGUCCUCGGGUCAAACCCCAACACAUCUCCACCCACUUUCUACCAAGAUUCAAGCAGUCUGAGCAGCCGGAACUUUCUUUCACUGUUACUGUUCCUGAAAAGAAAAAGCCACCUACCCCUGUCAAGCCAAAGGUUCCACUCUCUACACCUCGCAAAAGUCCCAAGACAGUGAAAUACAGACUCAAGUUUCGCUUUGGAUAA